GUUCAAAACAUCGAACAGAGUUUAAAUUCCGCUCGGAGGUGCCGAUAUCCCAUACUUUGUCCCGCCAGACUGGCCCAAUCCCCGACAUCUGGAGUCGACGGCUGCUAGUGAUUGGAAUUUGAAAACGUGACUCGGAAUGUUCACCGAAUUGCCAAUUGAUAGCCUGACCUUGCCAGCAGAUAGUAUUGCAGGUACAACCACGUACGCAAGAACAUAUAAGUAUCUUCUUACUCCCAUAUCACAUAAUUUGUUUUUCCUUUGCGAUUAUCCUCGCUGUCACGGUUUCUGCGUUGACCCAUCAGUCUCUGCCACGCCCAUCGAUGCAACGGCGCUGACUCGGAGAAAUGUCCCCAACCGACCAAUUGGCAUAUGCAUGUGCGUGUACUCCAUGGUAUGUACAUGAUGAUGAUUCGAUUCACGGGGGCUUUACAUUGGACCUUAUAAACGUUUGAACCUUGACUCCGGAUGUCCGCAUACUCUACAGAUCAACGGCCACAAUGCUGCCCUUGCUGGACGGCCUGCGUCUCCCCACAACUAAGGUACUACUCACAACUGAGACUUUUGCUUCUCGAGUCCUUCCACCACUCGCAUGUAGUUUCGCCACAGCUUUUCUUGUCCUGCUGCCACGAACGCAGCCAGUCCGCAUUGCGUUGUGGCCCAUCACAGCGAUCCUUGCAUUUCGCGCGGCGACAUCGCUAGACAUGUCCAUGGAGCAACCGGAUCUUACCUUUUUGAAUAUGCAGCUGCAAGUGAGUUCAUGUAUUCGCAUCAAUUGCCACACCGUUCAACUUAUCUCUCAGAUAUCCAUGUUUUUAAUUGCAGCGCGUACCCUUGAAUGGACGGUGCAGACGAAACCUUUUGUUCGUACGGCUCGCCCAUCGUCAACCGACGUGCCAAAGCAAAAUCUUGUGCUCGACACAAUUGAUUUAAUAUGUACCGCUCGAGGCUGUGGCUGGGACUGGUCGCAGGGACUGUACAUCCCGCCCGAGACACAUCCUACAUCCUCACGAUUGGCCUUUGCUACAUCCGUCCUAGUCUCUGGUCUAAAGCACUUAUUUCUUUGUGGCGCGAUCCACUCUGCCGUGAGGUCUUUCUCUCCAGAUACAUUCGGAUCUGUUGAUGGUGGUACCAUCUUCGACGACUCACUUCCUCCACACCUUCGUUAUUUACGAUCGAGUAUCAUCACGACGCUAUGCGCAUUCACCAUCUACUCAUUACUCCAAGCUGGUUACGAGAUCACCGUAGUCAUCUGCGUACUGAUAUUGAGGCAACAUCCAGACCAAUGCCCCCCCUCAUUUGACUCUCCCUGGCGCGCCACCUCUCUCAGAGAAUUCUGGAGCCGUCGCUGGCAUCAGUGGUUGCGUCGGGUGUUCAUUUUCUUCGGGGGAAACCCACUUUAUCUACUCUUUGGGCGUGUCGGGGGCGUCAUGGGCGCGUUUCUCGUUUCUGGGUUUAUUCACCACCUCCAAGUACUCCCCUUCGACCCGUCCUCGGAGAUGUGGCGCAUGAUGCUGCCAUUUGGAAUGAUGGGAAUUGGGAUGGUCAUUGAGCGUGCUGUUUCGGGGAAUAAGACAGGUGGCUGGAUAGGAUGGACGUGGACAAUGUGCUGGUUGGUGUUGUGGGGGAACGUGAUGGUGGAUGGGUGGGCAAGAACUGGGUUGUUUGGGAGUUCGAGCGCGUUGGAUAGUGCGACGCCUGUAAGGCAACCGAUUGAGCGGCUGGUGAGGACAUUUGACGAGUAUCUGCAUGCUAUUAGCAGAAAACCGUGAUGGCAGAAAUCUGUAGAUAUCCCAGUAGCUGAUACUAAAAUUGUGAGAUACUAUCG